UAUGAACGUACCUCGUGAAUGAACGAGUCGUUGAAAUGCUUAUAUUUUAUACGACCGUCAAUAGUCCAUACGCGCUCAAUGUUAAGGGGUCCACGAUUAGCGUUUAUUUCAUUAAGCAUACUUUUUAUGCCACGGGCGAGGUCCUCUGUUAUUUUAAUGCUCUUGGCUUCCUUUUUCUUUUUCAUAAUAUGUUCCUUCGACUUGUGUGAAAGAAACUUUACCAAAAUUGCACGCGGGUACUUUCCAAAGCGUCGUCCUACACGGUGGACGAUAUCAAUUUCAGAAGCCGUAAUCUCCACAUUUAGCUCCGUCUUUAAAUGAGAGAUGACAACCUCUUCGACAUUUUCCCCGUCAGAUUCGAUAACAUUGUGAAUCCUCACCGAGCUUUUUCUUGAAUAUUGUUCCAGGCGAUCAAGUUCGAAAGCAGCAUCCUUUACACGGGAAUUUGUUUCAUUUACAUGAGAAUUCAAACAAUCAAGGUCUUUCUCAAAAUUGACUUGCCUUGAUUCCAGUUCCCCGACAGAAUUUUGAACUUUUCUUAUUUCCUUUUCAACCAGAUCGACACGAGAAAUUAUGGCCUUUUGAUUAUGGAGAAUUGAUUCUUGGCCCACCUUUAAGCAUUGUAGAACUUCAUGAAUGGCAGAAAGCUCAGAUGCGAAAUUGGAUGAUGAAGAGCCUUUUUUCCCAAUUUUAGAGGUAUCAAUUGAUACAGGCAUAGUAAUCGAAGCAUCGGUUGACUUGGACGAGCUGCUGCAAUUCGUUGUGGGACCAGGGUUGAGUUCAACAUCACCAGAUAAAAUCAAGCACCAAACCAAGAAAGAAGCGGGAGAAGGCACAGAUUUGCACCGAUACUUCACCAAAAUUUUACGGCACGAUUUGGAUGCUUUAAAUUUGACCCAUUGCUUUUUCCCUUUACCCAGUGAAUCGACGAUAGCAUAAGAACAACAAGCAUUAUAAUCACUAUCCAGGAACGAGUAUGUGGCCGAAAAACGAUAAAGAAAAAGUGCGCAAGCCAAAAACAUCAGAGCUCCUUUAAACACGACCAUCCUGCGCGCGAUGACUCAAUGAAAAAUCAAAAAUCAAAAAUGAAAAAUCAAUUUCAAGUCACAUAGUUGCUGGUAAAAGUCACCAAUAAAAGCUAGAAGUACCAAGAAAAUUUUAAUAUCGAUUUCAAAGGGGUAUUUUCUAAGAUUAGUCCACAAUAUAAUAUUUAACAAAUUAAGCCAAAAAAUUCUUUAUUAUGUUCAAAUUUCUCUCAAGUUUUUAUAUCUCGAUAGGCACUCAAUUAUCUACGAAUGGGUUCCCGAGUAGAUGCUGUUGCACAACGAGUUCAGACUGCUUGCACCACUAAACAGGUAACAAAAUCCAUGGCAGGUGUUGUAAGUUCAAUGGACUCAGCUAUGAGGUCAAUGAAUCUGGAAAAGGUCUCAGCUUUGAUGGACAAAUUUGAAAAACAGUUUGAGGAUCUUGAUGUACAAACUGGCUACAUGGAAAAUGCCAUGGGGGAUACAACAACACUCACUGUGCCACAAGGUCAAGUCGACAGCCUGAUGCAACAAGUUGCAGAUGAACAUGGGUGAGCAACAUUCGAAAACACUUAAAUCUGUUUAAUAUUUUAAUAUAUUUUAUAUUAAUAGUUUAAGAAAGAGCUAAGGAGGGAAGGAUAAAGCUCGAAUUAAAUGAAGGGAGUGUAUUUGUUGUAAUCCUUUAGAGACAGUCUUCAUAAGAAAGAAUCAGAAGAUUAAAAUUCAAGGUGUAGAUAAUAUUAAAGCAACACUGAUACUAGUACCCCAAUUCAGGAUAUAUUUCUUUAGUUUAAACACCUUGUGUUUAAGAACCAUUUUUCAGUCUGACUCAUUAUAAGGUUUUGAAUUUAACAAGCAAUGUGUCCUGAACCUAUUUUUGCAACAAGACAUGAUUUAUUUUGCCAGGGCCCAUGAAUCGCAUUACUCUGGAAAAGGAGAUCCUCUUUGUGUGGAUUUAUUCAUGAAAUUUCAGUAAAUAGGUGG